UGAAACUGUGAUUUAUAUGUUUUUGGUUAAAGCAUGGACGUUAUUUUUAUAGUAAAAUAACGAACAAAAUUUGGCUCGAAAAACAUUACGAAUGUGCAAAACAAAUUAACACGUGGUCAUUUGUUUGAGUCACUGUAUUCUGCACGACAAUCCAUGGCUUUAAGGAUUACAUGUAAUGAAAUUGAGCAACCGAAUCAUAUCCCCCUAGUGAAAUGUGAAGCUUGUCUACAUUACAGUCUGCUGUGGAACCAUCAGUAAAGAUUUUUCUAUGCGUAUGACGAGGCUCAAUAGUUGGAUUAAGCCAGCACUCGGACUCAUACUAUCUCCUCACUUACAUCCACACCUCAGCAAAUUUCGUUAAACUGUUCAUUCCAUCUUGAAUCGGUUACACUUUUUCCUCAGGUACCCCACCAACCUACUCAUAAACUUAUAUUUUCUUGCAGGGUAGCCUCAGCGCACUACAUAGUCGUACCUGAGCGCUUAUGUGUGUACAUAUCCAUACAUACAUACAUAUACAUAUGAUAUACGCACACCUUGAUAUAGUUGUAAGCUACAAAACGUGCCUGUGCCAACGUACAACACAAUCGUAAAAGCGAUACACACACAACCUGCAGUUGGUUCGUUGUAGCGCAUGUCUCGCCGCCAUUGCUCGAACGACUGCAUUCAUAUGAAAAGUCGCGGCGACGCGUCGUUUGCUGAGAGCUACUAUCCAACAGAGUCGUGCGGUGGUUGAAAUCAACGAAUUUAGUUUGUCGCGUGCUUUUGAUGUGAUUGCGUUCAUUUAGUGGUGUAACGUUUUCUUGUUUAUAUUUCGCUAUUACCAUUGUGUACUACAAAAUGGACGGUCUACAAGAUCAAAAGUUUAAUAUUCGUUUAGUGCAAGCUAUUGAAAAAUAUCCGGCUUUGUACAACAGUGACCUCAAAGCAUAUAAACGAAGAGAUUGUAGAGAACAAGCAUGGAUCGAAGUGGCCGAGGAGAUGGAUUGUAAUCCGGAUGUGGUUAGGGAUAGAUGGAAAUGUUUGCGCUCCGUUUUUGUAAGACGACUGAAACAAUUACAUAUGGGUGAGCUUAUCAAACCAUAUUAUUUGCACGAACACAUGCAAUUCAUAACGCCAUAUUUACAAAAUCCGUGGGAUGCGGAAUCCCGAUCAAAACGUCAAUUGGAGGAGAGUGAGAUGCGUGUCGCUUCCUUUACGCCGGAAACUUCGAAAACUGAUAUUAAUGAGGCUUAUUAUUCAGAUCAAGAAAAUGAUAAUCUAUUUUCUAUGGAUGAUGCAACGCAGCAACCACCCACAAGCCGUUCACAUAAACGGCAACUCAGGGCGUCACGUACAUCCGAAGAAGAUGAUUUCCAUGGUUUCUCCGAAUACCACACGAGCACAUUGAAUGCGUCGACCAAGAACCGGCAAAUCAGAGAUAUUGUUUCAAAUCCAACACAAGAUCACAACGUAACCGAUGAUAAUUACCAUAAAAGGUUGUUUAUGUUAAGUUUGCUCCCUGAUCUCGAAGAAAUGAACAAUACGCAAAUGCGUGAGUUUAAGACUAAAGUUAUAUCUAUCAUAAACGAGAUAUUUGAAGACGAUCUCAAGUUAAAUGACGUAAAUUAAUAAUAAAACCCAUAUUUGUAGUAUUCCUUUGAAAUGGAAUAAGCCUCGAAACUUUAACUGAACAAAUAAACUGUGUGAUAAAGUUUUUAGAUUUUCGAGGUUUUCAGUUUUAGACGCUUAAGGAAUCAACUGAAUAUUUUUCACUGAAUGUAUUAA